GGAGGCGAAGAAGUCCUCCUCGACGUCGCCGGCCAGGACGGCACCGAAGCCUUCGAGGACGUCGGCCACAGCGACGAAGCCCGCGAGAUCCUGGACGGUCUCUUCGUGGGGAACGUGAAGCGCAUGCCCGGCGACCCCGCCCCCCGCUCGCAUGCCAACCCCUCCGCCGCCUCGGGCUCUUCCUCCGGCGACGCCGCCGGUCUGGGCGUCGGCCUCUACGCCUUCCUCGUCGUCGGCGGUCUGAUCGCCUACGGCGCCUACCAAUAUCUGCAGAAGGCUUCGCUUGCGUCUGAGCAGUAGACUUCUUUUUUGUUUGUUUGCGGGGUUUUCUUGUGCGUGUGUGUUGGGUUGUUUAUUUCCGGUUUUGUUAUUGAUGUGUGUGCUCAAAAUCCAUACCGUAUGUUCUUAAUUCCCAU